CUACAGCUUUCAAUGCAGAGCGUGACUUCCAAUAAGUCUCAUCCAUCAAUGUGCAUCAUUGUUUGGCAUUGAUCUUUUUUCUGUUUUACGGUGCAUGGGAACAUUUGGGGUUUUGUCUUCCUUCCUUUGCUGCCCCGGACUCCUAACCUCGUUUGGGCGCUGGCGCAAUUCUUCAUCGGCUCAAUUUCAGUCACCCUCUUCCCGAUUCCAUAAUUUUGGUGGAAUUUAUCGACAACCACACAUCCAACUGCAACUGCUCAUGCGACACCUCCAAACCUCCACAUCCACCUGCGAAUCCCCUAACAAACACUCGCGGCGAUAUCAAGACGCCAAUUCCUGAUGCGCUGACUGUCCAAAGGUCCCAUCAAUCCGUUCAGCGCUCACACAGGCUUGAUCUCCGAGACGCGCAACGACGCUUCAACCUUCGACCCUGAACGCGGUCGGUUUGCAAGCAGAAUCACCCACGCCGGCAUGAUGAAUGGCCGUCAUCUGCCGGCAGGGCAAGGCAUGCCACCAGACAUAGGACGACGAAGACCCUAUAAUCAGCAUCAGCAGCAGCAACAACAGCAGCAGCAUCAUCAGUAUCCGCAGCAGAUGUACAACAGCUAUAUGCAGCCAUACGCCGCCAGCUUUUACCCACAACCCAAUGUUCCUCUUCCACAACAUUACCAACACAAUGCUCCCCUUCCUCAGCAAUAUGUGCCAUACCAUCCUCCUCCUCAGCCAUAUGUCCGGUCUCCCCCACCGCAGAUGCCACACUAUCCUCCACCUUCAAUGCCGCAGAGACCACAAUCAUUCUCCCAACCACAAGCAUCUCCGAUAGUCUCCUCUGAUUACCGAACACCUGCACCUGUACCACAAGCUCCAUCUUCUACACAAUCUUCGCAUACAGUUCCUGUCCCUGCCACACCUACAACUCCACCGGUAGCACCACAACCCGCUCUCAGCAGCAUGCCACCGUCCUCACCUCCCCGAGAAGAACCACCACAACCGCCUUUCAGAGCUCCUUUGCCAUGGUUUUCAAGACCAGACCUUUCUUGGCCCGCGAGGAAAGCAAGAAGAAAGCGAAAAGCCGUCCCCCAGAUCAUGGCCGAGCCCGUCGAAUUACCGAACAUCUCACAAGGGAUAGACAAUGAAGCAGAGAUGGACAAGCACGCCGAAGUUGAGGUUGCUCAGGAAGUCACUAGUGCGCAAGAAAAUACGGUUACAGACGAGCCAGUCGUUGAAACUGUUCCUCGCCCAGAGACUCCUACCACCAGCCAACCUCCUUCUGAAGACAUCGAUUCUACAGCCCCAACCACACCUUCAUCUUCGAACCAAACAAACACACUUGCUGCCGGAGACGCAACACCAAUCGCAACUAUGCCCAAGCAGCGCGUACCCAAGCCAGUCGUGCCUAUUGUCCCCGCACUCCCAAAGACUAUCCCACGCGAUACGAGUAGGAAAGUUUCAGGAAAGUCUGCGGAUGAACAACAAGCACAGUCAAUACAAGCUACGACUCCGAGCACGAAUGGCAACGAUGAAGCAAUCACACAAAAAUCCGAGCAAGGAGAAGUGGAAGAGUCGACGGAAGCUACACCGACGCCCAAAGCAUGGACCACCCCAAAGCUUUGGACUGGUCUCUUCAAUCCUGCCACUGCUACAUCCACCGCUUCGAGCGAGUCUGGCGCGGCGACUGCUGCUUCUGGUCUGGGCAAGCCUAAUUCCGAGUCUUUGGGAGACGCGCUACGAUCAUUCAAUGCUGUAUCGAGUGACUCUAAAAUUGCCUUUAUUGAGCCUCGAGGUUUGGUUAAUACAGGCAAUAUGUGUUAUAUGAAUUCAGUUCUUCAAGUCCUUAUAUUCUGCACCCCUUUUUAUAGUUUCCUCGAUCAAGUUAGCAAGCGCGCGGCAUACAGCUUCAAAAGUGAAACUCCAUUGAUCGAUGCCAUGAUCUUGUUCAUGCGUGAAUUUCCGAUUAUUGACUACGCUGGGAACGUUGAUCAGUUAAAGCUCCGUCUGAAAGAAGGAGAAUUGGAGCAAUACGGGGAGUCAUUCACCCCCGACUUCGUGUACAACGUUAUCAACCGCCUGCCACGAUUCUCAUCUAUGAGACGUGGCCACCAACAAGAUGCAGAGGAGUUUCUUGGGUUCUUGCUUGAAGGGCUCCAUGAUGAGUGCGUGCAGGUGAUGCGAAACAGCUCAUCUACUGCGACCUCUGCCGUUGCAACACCGCAGAAUGGCCCGUCAUCUCCAAUCAGUGAACAUGGUAGCGUCCAAGGUUCUGUUUCUGGCAAGGAGAAUGGGUGGCUGGAGGUUGGGCCAAAGCAAAAGGCCGCAGUCACACGGUCUUCCGGUACCAUUACCACCGGAUCACCAAUCACAAAGAUCUUUGGUGGCAACCUGAGAUCCGAGCUUAGAGUUCCUGGCCUGAAAGACUCCGUCACCCUUGAGCCAUAUCAACCUCUACAACUUGACAUUGGUGCGACAAAUGUCAAUAACAUCAUUGAUGCGUUGAAGGGCUUGACCCGCUCUGAAGCAUUACACGGCGACUUCAAAUCUCCUAAAGGUCCCAAUGUGACCGCCAUGAAGCAAGUCUUCAUUGAAACCCUGCCACCGGUCCUUAUCCUUCACCUGAAGCGCUUCCAGUACGAUAACGCUGGUGGGACUCAAAAGAUUUGGAAGAAGGUUGGCUACCCACUUGAAUUGGAGAUCCCAAAGGAGGUAUUCCCUCGGCAAAAGAGAGGUACCUAUGCUCACAGUGGUCUGCCCAAAUACCGCCUGAUUGCUGUUGUCUAUCAUCACGGCAAGAAUGCUAGCGGUGGUCACUACACUGUUGAUGUCAGACGUCAGGAUGGCAAAGAAUGGAUCAGACUCGAUGACACUGUCAUUCGACGAGUGAGAAGCGAGGAAGUAGCCGAGGGUGGUAGUGAAGAAGACCCCAAGGUUCUUGCUGCCGCUUUGGAAGCUCAUAAGAAAGAUGGUACUUCGGGUAAUGGAUUUGCAGCCAUCGAAGGUGUUGAGGAUGAAGGCGAGGAGGAUGGGUGGAAGAAGGCAACUGGUGGAUCUGGCAAGAAGUGGUCGAGUGUGGUUAAUGGUUCGUCCACACCAAAAGCCAAGACGGACAAGUUUUCGGUGAAGGAUAACAAGGUCGCGUACCUUCUAUUCUACCAGAAGAUCUGAAGUCACCGCUAUGUUGGAUGGUUUGCAUGAGAGAACAAGGAGCGUGGUUGUUUGCAUGAUGAUAUUCCUAUGCUUCAUGGGAUCUAGGGGAUUCGUGCUUCUGGCAUGAGACUUUGGAAUCUUCGGCAUCCUCUGUGUCUAUGUCUGUAUUGGACAAAAGGUGAUGCCGGAAAUUCUUGUACACUUGAUCUCCUUCCACAUCAUUCUAGAGCAUGAGCGCAACGGCGCAAAGGAAAGACGGGUGUCUAAAAUGGGCAUCUGGGUGGCAAGCUGUUUGAUGUAUAAUAAAGUGACCAUGAGGGUCCGCCACUAUGCUGCGACUGGAUGAGCUAAUAAAAGUGACAACAUCAAAUUGAAAG